GCUAGUGCCAACCCUGAGCUAUGUCCGGUUCCUAAACCGAGACAGAUCACAAAAAGCUCUUUUCCGGUGGAGUAAGCUGGCGCAACUGGUGAAAUUUCGGGAUGAAGUCUGUCCCUGAAUCCCUGUUUGAGUCUAGAGCCGUGUCUCAGAGUGGACGUCACUCCUGGACUGGUCGUGUCGGUCGUUGUAUAUAGAGUUGGACGGGGCUGCCUUGCUCUCUGCUCCUCUCUUCUCCUUCUCUCAGCACGCAGGCUUGCUUCAAUCCACAUUCUUUCUUCUGAGAUUGUUAGGUCUGUGACCAUUUCAUUCUUUCUCUUCCUUUCGCUUCAGUCCAAGUCUCUCCUUGAUCGAUCCACGUUCGGUAUACUGGUAUACCUGUUCCAUUUUCUGAACCUCAUACUUUCCACAUUUCGAUUCUCAACCACCUCACAACCGACACAAUGAAGCAAACCGGAACUCUUGUUGCCCUUGCCGGCCUGGUCUCCAUGGUCCACGGUCACGGUUUUGUUACCUCCCCCAAGCCUCGUAUGCCCGGUCCGGCCAUGAAGGCUGCCUGCGGUAACCAGGUGGAGGUCAACCAGCAGUCCGACAACUACGGCAACAUCCAGGGUGAGCUUCAGGUCGCCAAGAGCCAGAGCGACUACAGCGCCGGGGAGUGUGACAUCUGGCUCUGCAAGGGUUACAAGUUCGACGACAACAAGGACAACGUCUACUCGUACACCGCCGGCCAGACCGUCGACUUCGUGGUCGACAUCCGUGCCCCUCACACCGGUGUGGCCAACGUCUCCGUCGUCGAUACCGCCACCAACACUGUGAUUGGCAAUACUCUCAAGUCCUGGACCGACUAUGCCUCGACCGCCACCGGUGUCUCCCAGGACGAGACCAACUUCAGCAUCACCAUCCCCGACAACCUUGGCAGCAAGUGCUCCGAGGCAGGUGCUUGUGUCAUCCAGUGGUACUGGUUUGCCGAGUCGAUCGACCAGACCUACGAGUCCUGCAUUGACUUCACUGUUGGCGGCUCCGGCUCUUCCAGCUCUGGCUCUGGCUCCAGCUCUGGCUCUUCGGCUGCAACCACUACUCCCAGCGUUGCUGUCACCACUCCCAGCACCGGAAACAACGUUGUCUCCACGCCUACCACCAUGGUCACCAGCGUGAGACCGACUGCCACCGCGGCCGCUGGCACCGGUAGUGACGCUAGUUCGUCCGCGUCUUUCCCCACCAGCGGCACUACUGAGGAGCAGCUUAGCUACGUUGCUUCUGUUCUGAAGAGUCUGCUGCAGUAUAUUGCUUAGGAGUGAAGAAACCGAGGUACCAUCUGGAGGGUGCAAUGUGUGUAACUAGUGAUAGAAAUAGAAUUGCCUG